AUGGACUUUAAUAAACGCUGGAUCGACCACAAGCGGCAGGCGUCAAAACCAAAACCCACGAUCAUCCGGUGUCCGGCCUGCAAUCGCGAAAUUCAAAGUUCCGAAACCCCUCAGGAUGGCCUUGCCGAGACCGCCUUCACGAGCUUCGAGGAGCACUACUCAGAUUCUCACCCCCAGCUGCUUGUUGAAAAAACCACGGAGAAGGAAAAAAUGGACUUUUUACAGGCCCAAUGGAAGGCUGCGCAAUCGCCGGGCGACAAGUCGGUGAUCAACCGCAAGAAGGCGGUCCCCCGAGCAACAAGCCCUAGGAACCGCGCGACCAAGAGCCGGUCCCCCAGCGUCAAGAGGGAGAGCUCAAAUUCUCGGAGUAUGUCGCCGCCCAAGCGUUCCAAGGCCCAGGUCGCAGCCCCGCCGGCUGGUGAUGACAGCCCCGCCGACUUUUCCCGGGGCGCCUUUCAGGGCGGGAAACUGUGGACUGAUGGUGACGCCGUCGCUCCCCGACGUCCGUAUGACAAGUCCAAUGUCGCCAACAACCAGCGCAACCGUCAUUCUUCCGGCUCGCUCCCGAAGGCGCAUCGGCAAUCUCACGCCCCAGCCCGGGGCCCGGCCCUCCCGCUCGCCGAGGAUGAUGAAGCAACCGAGAUUAUCAAGCAGCCCGAGACGAGGCCCAUUUCCCAGGAGCAGCUAGUGGCCGAGGUGAAGGGCAUCUACGCUGGCCUGGUGUUAGUGGAGAGCAAAUGCAUCGAGGUCGACAACAACCAGAGUUCUCAAACCGACCCAGCCAACAAACUUAGCCAUGAUCAAUGGCAGGCCUUGAUUGCUCUCCACCGGACGCUCCUUCACGAACACCACGAUUUUUUCCUUGCUUCUCAACACCCAUCGGCGAGCCCGGCGCUGAGAAGAUUGGCUGCCAAGUACGCCAUGCCGGCGAGGAUGUGGCGUCACGGAAUUCACAGCUUCCUUGAGCUUCUCAGACACAGACUCCCGGAGAGUCUGGAUCACAUGCUUACGUUCAUCUACAUGGCCUACUCGAUGAUGGCCCUGCUCUACGAGACAGUUCCUGCGUUUGAGGACACGUGGAUAGAGUGCUUGGGAGAUCUCGGCCGCUACCGUAUGGCGAUCGAAGAUGACGAUAUCCGGGACCGGGAGGUUUGGACUGCUGUGAGCCGCCAUUGGUAUUCUCGCGCCUCUGACAAGGCCCCGACGACCGGGCGGCUCUAUCACCACCUUGCUAUCCUUGCCCGUCCCAAUGCGCUGCAGCAGUUGUACUACUACGCGAAAUCGCUGUGUGUGGAGAUGCCAUUUCUGUCUGCACGCGAGAGUAUCAUGACUCUGUUGGAGCCCAUCAUGUCCCGUACCGGAAAUCCCCAGCAGAACCGGCUCUCUCCUUCUGAGCGCAACUUUGUGAAACUGCAUGCCAUCCUGUUCAGUGGCAAGCAGCCGGAGGAUUGGGAAACCACGUUGGAGACCUUUCUCCAGCUCCUCGACAAUGACAUUGGCCGCUCCACUCGUCGGUGGCUUGAACCUGGUUACCACAUCGCCAUCGCCAACAUCUGCGGUGUCACCGGCUACGGGGACGACAAUAACCCCAUCGCUGCAGCCCUCGAGGCCUUCUCUCGCGCCAAUUCCAAGGAGACUGUCGAAUCGCAAGAUCAACCUAUGCAAGAUGCAUCUGCCUCGGAAACCCCCUCGUCCAACACGACUCCCGCCAAGCACACUUCCCCAGCCAAGCAGCUGCCCAACGCCCUCCGUCUUCUUACGGGAACCUACGAUAUCGUCUGCCGCCGCUUUGGCGACCCUAAUAUCCUGCCUUUUCUACACGUCUCCCUCGUCCUAAUCCACCACCUUACGUUUUGCCCUGACGCCAUGGCCCACGUGGCACCCCAUUUCCCCUGGAAACUCACAGCUUUCAUGCUAAAUACGUUAUUGAAUGGAUCCGCCGCGGCUUCAUCGUCAGCGACAAGCGUGUCAUCUCGGGCUCUGACCUCCCUCCUGGAGGGGGAUCGGUUUCCCGGGAGCGAGGAGGGGAAGGCAGACGGUUUCGAGGUGAAGAAGGAAGAGGGCGGCGUAGGCGCUGCCGGUCCUGGUGCGACUACCGGCGCUGGGCGGCGGAAGAGACCGCUUCCGGAUGAUUUCGCCAUGAGAGGCUUCCCUUGGGUUGAGGAGUACUUCCCCGAUGGGUGGUUUUCCACUGAGGAGAAGAUUGAUGACGACGAGAAAUAUUUCGAGCUGCCCAGCAUGCAGGAAGAGAGGCGGGAGCGGGUUAUCUGGCUGGGACGCCGGAUCGCGGAGAGGGAGGGCGGAAAGUGGUUGCAACUCGACAAGGAGACCAAGAGGUUCACUGUGAACCCAACAUACGACGUCGAGUUGGACUUGGAAAUCCCCGGCAGGAUGCCCGCUACUCCGGGGGCGAGCGUGGAUUACGGUGAACUUCCUGACGCCGGGGCCGUGGCGUAA